AUGCGUGUCGUUGGAAGAGAAUUUUCAAACAUAUCAGAUACUGAGAUAGACAACUUGGUCCGCCAAGUACAGGAAGUGACUCCAUCAGUGGGCCUUAGAAUGGACCAGGGAUCACUGAGAGAACGCGGGUUGGUAGUUCAGAGAAUGCGCUUGCUUCAGUCCCUACGAAGGGUAGAUCCUGUUACAACCACCCCGAGAAACGCAAGGAGGAUAAUCCGUAGAAGCUACAGUGUUCCCUACCCAAAUUCCUUGUGGUAAGCUUUGCUAUUUCACUUCCGACUUUAUGCACUUGUAGGGUGAGGAGUUACAGAAAAGUUUUGGUAAAAUUAAAUGUAAGCUUAGAUUGUUACCACAUUUACUAAAAAAGACCCGCCAUAUAAAGACAUUUAGAAAGAACUACAUUCCACUUUAUGAUUCUUCUAUGCCGCUGACCAAUCCUUGACAGUGUGCUGUACAAAAUCUGUACCCCCUCCCCCCAUCUGUUUGAUAUGAAGCUUAUAGACUAAAGUCUUUUCUUUGUUUUUUCACCAGGCACAUUGACGGCAAUCAUAAAUUGAUUGAACCUUUUCGCAUAGUCAUUCAUGGGGGUAUAGAUGGCUAUUCACGCCUUAUUGUUUUUCUCCAUGCAUCAACCAAUAACAGAGCAACAACUGUAUUAAACUAUUUUCAAGAAGCAGUUGUAAAGUACAAUCUCCCUUCUCGGGUUCGCUGUGACCUAGGGAUGGAGAACUUUGAAGUUGCAAGAUACAUGCUAGAGACAAGAGGGCUUAAUCGUGGGAGCAUUAUGACUGGUACUUCAGUCCAUAACCAGAGAAUCGAACGACUAUGGAGGGAUGUCAAUCGAAUAGUAAUUUCCAGAUUUCUGAAUAUAUUCUUGUAUCUUGAAAGAAAUGGCUUCCUUUGCUCAACCAAUGAGGUACAUCUGUACUGUUUGCAACUUGUUUAUCUAGAUUUAGUUAACCAGGCCCUUGAUGAGUUUACUGCUCAGUGGAAUAGUCAUCCUGUCACAACUAACAAACUUUUCCCCUCGGCAGUUGUGGGUAAGCGGGAUGGUCACUUUAGAGCAAUCCAACUACACUGCUGUUUAAGAUGUAUUGUGUGCUUCUACAGACUAUUCCAACUAUGGCAUAGAUGA